UAGACAACACCAAGAACGGGGCUCUCCAAAAUGGUGCUGCUAGCUGAACUGGCCGUUCUUCUCGAGGAGAAAAUGGAGACGUUCUUAUGACGCUGUACGUCACCAGUAGGACGUCAUUUCCGGGUUCGGCUGUGUUUAUGGUUUGGCGAAAUGGCUUCAGCGGCUUUGGUGGAGACUUCUGCAGGUAAAGAUGCCAUCGCCGAGGGGUUGCUCGACCUCCUGAAACCAGCAAUCCAGCAGCUCGACUUGCAUGUACACUCAGUAAGAGAAAGCCAGGUAGAAUUAAGAGAGCAUAUAGACAACCUGGCCACAGAGUUAUGUCGGAUAAAUGAGCAUCAGAAGGUGGCUCUGGACCUGGACCCCUAUGUGAAGAAGCUGCUGAAUGCCAGAAGGAGAGUAGUGUUGGUAAACAACAUACUGCAGAACGCACAGGAACGCCUGAGGCGACUUAACCACAACGUGGCAAAGGAGACGGCAAGGAGGAAGACCAUGCUGGAGUCAUCAGGAGUGUUCACCACCCGCUCCCCCAGUAAACCCUGAUCCUAUUCUUCCUCCUCCUCCUCCUCCUCCUCCUCCUGCUCUGUACAUCAAACACUGAACUGUCCUGACCAGCAGGGGCACAUUAACACAGGACGCUGAAACACGAGGAGGGGGACGUCUCUUCUCCUGACAUGUAGUCAGCUGUUUGUCUGACGAUGUCCUGCACUGCUUUGUCUGAUGUUUAUAUUAAAAACCGGGCUGUUAGCUGCUUAGCACACUGUCUAAUCUUCUAGGAGAAUAUAAUAUGAGGUAUUAUUACAUUUAUUUAUUAUAACAGUUCAAACACAUGCUUUCUACAGGAUGGAUUGUUACCCAUGAGCAGAAUGUUAAAAACAUCCCUCCGCCUGCAGGACCAAUGACAACAGUUGACCUGAGUAAUCCUAUUGAUCAGCAUGAUUGAUCCUUGUUUCUCUAAUCUCUCUCUGUCUUUUGGAUUUUUUUUUGUUUACAAAUGUGAGCUGAAUAUAGCUCUAUUAAAGCAGCUGUUACUCUCUGCACUCAGCCUCUGACUGGUUCAGCUGCACUUUGAAACAGGCCCAGAUAAACCUGAGCAUCUUGUGGCACCAUGUUGAAGUAGACAUUACUAUAAUACUUCCUGGAAUUAAACACGUCUGUUUUGCCUUUGUGAACAUCAUACUAUUUGUGUUGCUGCGCUUUAACUGCUGUUAUUUUAAUCUGCUUUGUUCUCAGCUUUAGCACAGAACUGUAAUGAUAUCAUCUCCAUAUGAAACAUUGAUGAUAGCAGGCAUGUUGAAAGUCACUGCAGACAACAAAAUAUAUGUGCAACAAACUUUGA